GAGAACACUUCUCAUUCUUUGCAAUUUUAUGUGUCCACCGGUCGCUCUCUAAUCCUAAUAUUGUUAUUUUCGAGUCUAAUUUUAAGUAUUUAUUUGAUUCAAAAUUUCGAGACCGAGACUUAUUCAGUUAUUUGUUUUGUCGUGAAAUAUAUAAAUUGAGUGAAACAUUAUUUUUGGUGUAUACGUUUCACUUUUCAUAGGACGAUGAGUACGGGAUAUGUGCCGCAGACAUUUAUGUGCAAACAAAAACAGCCUUUGCGGCACAUACCCAAUGGCGGCGGGAUUGAUCACCUGAAAAUUCUGCGCCGCCCGCAGAAGGAGAAGGUUGCGGUGGUGAUGGGGCCGACCGGUGCCGGAAAAUCGAGACUAUCCGUCGAUCUCGCCAGGCGGUUCUCGGCGGAGAUAGUGAACGCGGACAAAAUGCAGGUGUACGAGGGAUUUGACGUGCUCACUAACAAAAUCACCGACGAGGAAGCCGGUGGCGUGCCGCACCAUCUGCUAGGGAUAAUCGAUCCCGAGAACGAUUUCACGGCGAAGGAUUUCUGUAACGUGGCGUCGAGCUGCAUCAAGUCGAUUGCGGGGUGGGGGAGGGUGCCGAUCAUCGCCGGCGGGUCGAAUUCGUUCAUUGAGGCGCUCGUGGAAGACGAGGAUUGGGAAUUGAAGUCCAAAUACGAUUUCUGUUUUAUCUGCGUCGACGUUUCGCUGCCGGUUCUGCAUUCGUUCGUGUCGGAGCGGGUCGAUCGGAUGGUGGAGAAGGGGCUGAUUGAGGAGGCGAGAGGCAUGUUUAAUCCGGCCAGCAGAGAUUACUCUCAGGGAUUACGUCGAGCAAUUGGUAUGCAAGAAUUAGACCGGUAUUUCCGCAUUGAAACCGCAAUUUCCGACGAGGAAAUCCGCGCGAGGCUACUGGAAGACGCCAUUAACGACGUGAAGAAGAACACCAGAAAACUAGCGUGCAAGCAGCUAGAGAAAAUCAAGCGACUGAAGCACGUCAAGGGGUGGAAGAUACACCGCCUGGACGCCACGGAGGCGUUCCUAAAGCGCGGCGGCAGAGAAGCGGAUGAAGCGUGGGAGAAUCUCGUGGUGGCGCCCGGCGCCGCCAUCCUCAAUAGAUUCCUUUACAGCCAUGCUGCCUCUGCCUCCUUGUUUUUCACCGCCGACAACCUUCUCAUCCCUCGAGCCACCGUUGCCGCAGCCGCAAUUCACUAAAACCAAAUUAAACAGAGCGACCUAUUAGCCUUCUUGAUUUGAGUUGAAAAACAACUAAUUUAUGUCUUUUGCCGGUUAGAUCUGACAGGAUUUAUCAGUACACACAUUCUGGUCCUAGUCAAUCAAAUUAAGCAUAAUUCAAUAACCUGCUGUAACACAAUGUGUAAUCUUCAUAUAUAAUUUCCACCAUUAAACAAAAAGCUAAGCAUAAUCAAUACAUAAUAAUUUCUUUGA